AGGCAGUCCGCCCGCCCGCACUGACUCCCUCCCGGCCCCUGGCGCUCGGGCUGGGUCUCUCCCCGGCCCCCCAGGACCCCCCGGUGGCUCUCCUCCGGCGGUCGCUCUCGCUCGGUGGAUGUGGCUGGCAGCCGCCGCCCCCUCCCUCGCUCGCCGCCUGCUCUUCCUCGGCCCUCCGCCUCCUCCCCUCCUCCUUCUCCUUCUCAGCCGCUCCUCUCGCCGCCGCCGCCGCCGCCUCCACAGCCUGGGCCUCGCCGCGAUGCCGGAGAAGAGGCCCUUCGAGAGGCUGCCUGCCGACGUCUCCCCCAUCAACUACAGCCUCUGCCUCAAGCCCGACUUGCUGGACUUCACCUUCGAGGGCAAGCUGGAGGCCGCCGCCCAGGUGAGGCAGGCAACCAAUCAGAUUGUGAUGAAUUGUGCUGAUAUUGACAUUAUUACAGCUUCAUAUGUACCAGAGGGAGAUGAAGAAAUACAUGCUACAGGAUUUAACUAUCAGAAUGAAGAUGAAAAAGUCACCUUGUCUUUUCCUAGUACUCUCCAACCAGGUACAGGAACCUUAAAGAUAGAUUUUGUUGGAGAACUGAAUGACAAGAUGAAAGGUUUCUAUAGAAGUAAAUAUACUACCCCUUCUGGAGAGGUACGCUAUGCUGCUGUCACACAGUUUGAGGCUACUGAUGCUCGGAGGGCUUUUCCUUGCUGGGAUGAGCCUGCCAUCAAAGCCACUUUUGAUAUCUCAUUGGUUGUUCCUAAAGACAGAGUAGCUUUAUCAAACAUGAAUGUAAUUGACCGGAAACCAUACCCUGAUGAUGAAAAUGUAGUGGAAGUGAAGUUUGCCCGCACACCUGUCAUGUCAACGUAUCUGGUGGCAUUUGUUGUGGGUGAAUAUGACUUUGUAGAAACAAGGUCAAAAGAUGGUGUGUGUGUCCGUGUUUACACCCCUGUUGGCAAAGCAGAGCAAGGAAAAUUUGCGUUAGAGGUUGCUGCUAAAACCCUGCCUUUUUAUAAGGACUACUUCAAUGUUCCUUAUCCUCUACCUAAAAUUGAUCUCAUUGCUAUUGCAGACUUUGCAGCUGGUAAAGUAAAUUUCAUUUUAUUGCUGAAUUGUAAUAACUUUUUUGAUUUUGUGAUUUUUGAGGAAGAAGUAUGUGUAUAUAUCAAUAAAUGUUUAUAUUUAUUUUAUGAAGGUGCCAUGGAGAACUGGGGCCUUGUUACUUAUAGGGAGACUGCAUUGCUUAUUGAUUCAAAAAACUCCUGUUCUUCAUCACGCCAGUGGGUUGCUCUGGUUGUGGGACAUGAACUCGCCCAUCAAUGGUUUGGAAAUCUUGUUACUAUGGAGUGGUGGACACAUCUUUGGUUAAAUGAAGGCUUUGCGUCCUGGAUUGAAUACCUGUGUGUAGACCACUGCUUCCCCGAGUAUGACAUCUGGACUCAGUUUGUUUCUGCGGAUUACACGCGUGCCCAGGAGCUGGAUGCCUUAGAUAACAGCCAUCCUAUUGAAGUCAGUGUGGGCCAUCCUUCUGAAGUUGAUGAGAUAUUUGAUGCUAUAUCAUAUAGCAAAGGUGCAUCUGUCAUCCGAAUGCUGCAUGACUACAUUGGGGAUACGGACUUUAAGAAAGGAAUGAACAUGUAUUUAACCAAGUUCCAGCAAAAGAAUGCUGCCACAGAGGACCUUUGGGAAUGUUUAGAAGGUGCUAGUGGUAAACCUAUAGCAGCUGUGAUGAAUACCUGGACCAAACAAAUGGGAUUCCCCCUCAUUUAUGUGGAAGCAGAACAGGUAGAAAAUGACCGAUUACUGAAGUUGUCCCAAAGGAAAUUCUGUGCCAGUGGACCAUACGUUGGAGAAGACUGUCCCCAGUGGAUGGUUCCUAUCACAAUCUCUACUAGCGAAGAUCCCAACAAUGCCAAACUGAAAAUUCUAAUGGACAAGCCAGAGAUGGAUGUGGUUUUGAAGAAUGUUAAACCAGACCAAUGGGUAAAGUUAAACCUGGGAACAGUUGGGUUUUAUCGGACCCAGUACAGCUCGGCCAUGCUGGAAAGUUUAUUACCAGGCAUUCGUGACCUUUCUCUGCCCCCUGUGGAUCGACUUGGAUUACAGAAUGACCUCUUCUCCUUGGCUCGAGCUGGAAUCAUUAGCACUGUAGAGGUUCUAAAAGUCAUGGAGGCUUUUGUGAAUGAGCCCAAUUAUACUGUAUGGAGCGACCUGAGCUGUAACCUGGGGAUUCUCUCAACUCUCUUGUCCCACACAGACUUCUAUGAGGAAAUCCAGGAGUUUGUGAAAGAUGUCUUUUCACCUAUAGGGGAGAGACUGGGCUGGGACCCCAAACCUGGAGAAGGUCAUCUAGAUGCACUCCUGAGGGGCUUGGUCCUGGGCAAACUAGGAAAAGCAGGACAUAAGGCAACGUUAGAAGAAGCUCGUCGUCGGUUUAAGGACCAUGUGGAAGGGAAACAGAUUCUCUCCGCCGAUCUGAGGAGUCCUGUCUAUCUAACUGUUCUGAAGCAUGGUGAUGGCACUACCUUAGACAUUAUGAUAAAGCUUCACAAGCAAGCAGAUAUGCAGGAAGAGAAAAACCGAAUUGAAAGAGUCCUUGGGGCUACUCUUUCACCUGAAUUGAUUCAAAAAGUCCUCACGUUUGCACUUUCAGAAGAGGUACGUCCACAGGAUACUGUAUCAGUAAUUGGUGGAGUGGCUGGAGGCAGCAAACAUGGAAGAAAAGCUGCUUGGAAAUUUAUAAAGGACAACUGGGAAGAACUUUAUAAUCGAUACCAGGGAGGAUUCUUAAUAUCCAGACUAAUAAAGCUAUCAGUUGAGGGAUUUGCAGUUGAUAAAAUGGCUGGAGAGGUUAAGGCUUUCUUCGAGAGUCACCCAGCUCCUUCAGCUGAGCGUACCAUCCAGCAGUGCUGUGAAAAUAUCCUGCUGAAUGCUGCGUGGCUAAAGCGAGAUGCUGAGAGCAUCCACCAGUACCUCCUUCAGCGAAAGGCCUCACCACCCACAGUGUGAACCCUGAGCGCGCUGCCACUACGGUUCUGCUGCUUCGCUGCCGGGAUAAGGUGGAGCUACCCAACAGCUGAUUCAUAUACCAAGAAUUUGGAGUCUUCUUUCAAACCAGUGGGGGUUGGACAAUGAAUGUAGUUAACUGGUUCCUGCUCACACUCCAGAAUUAAGUUCUAUUGAAAAAGGAAAAUCAGCAAUUCAGCAAAAAAAAAAAAAAAAAAAAAAAGAAUAAAAAAUAAAACUGUAAAUAUGAUAGUAAUAAAAUAGAGCAUAAUGAAACUGUGAAACUUCCUGAAGCCUUGUCAGUGGUUAAAAGUAUUUAACACUCUCCUGUUAAUGACAGAUGUUCUGUUUUUAUAACCUACCCAAAGGAAACUAGAGGCUUCUGGGUGAAGAGGAUAUUUGUGAAGUGGGUUCUGCAAGCAGCCUACAAGCCAAGGGUAGUGUCCAUUGCGGGAAUGGUUAAACAUGAAAGACUGAUAGCUGGUAUAAUAUAGAGUCUGUGCAUAAUUCCAAGUGGGUUUUUUGGGGGUUUUUUGUUUUUGUUUUUUUGGCAUGGGGACUGAUCAGGAGACAUAUUUUCCUGCAUAACUCAAUCCAAACAAGGAUUGUAGUUUUCCUCCUUGCCUUCCCUUCUGUGUGACCCCUUGGCAAAAAAAAAAAGAAGAAGAAGAAGAAGAAGGUUAAAAAAAAACACACUUAUCCUGGUCUGGGUUUUUCCUCCCCUUAGUUCCACCCCCAGCACCCAACCCCGGUGUCCUUCUUAGAGGUAACGAAAUAAUAAGGAAACAUCUUUAAUAGCCACAUUAAAUAAGAGAAACUGAUAUACAUUAUUUUUUCUUUCUUUUUAAAGAUUACUUUUAAGAAUCCUGAAAGGCAUAUAGGUGAGACAAUAGAAAUGAAAAGGUUUUCAGCCAGGCCUUUCUGAAGGAGUUAUUCUGCUAAAAAUGGUCUCAGUUGUCUUGGAGGCCAACUAUCAAACCUCUUAUUGACAGUAUCAGCACUGGCUUCUCGGGUUCAUGGGGGCACGUAAGGAGCAGUGGGAACGGCUGCAGGGCCUAUUUAUUAGUGGAAACUGGUUAAAAGCAGCAACAAGACUAUAUGCCUGUGGUGUGCCACUCCUUCUACAGUGUAUCCUACUUACAAGCCUCACCUGUCUAGCCCAGUGCGUUUUAACUCUACAUCUCAUUCCUGUCUCUGUCCCUACAGUUUUUCUUUUCUUUUCCCCCCUCUUUUCCUUUGAUUUUUCUUUAAAAGUAUUUUUUGUGUUAUUAACAGAAAUUCAUAUUUGGUGUGGCUUAACUGUAUUUCAGAAGGUCAUCAGAUUGUGAGACUGCUUCCUUGAAACAUUUUUGUGCUAUUGUUUUAAAAAAAUAAUAAUUAAAAAACAGUUGGCGUUAAUAAAAAUGUCAAUGUGAAA